CAAUCUCAUCCGUAUGAUACACAGCAAAGAAAUGGGAAGUUCAACUGAGAGCCAUGGCAGCACCAUCCAUGUCCCUCUUCACACUUGUGUGCUUAAGAGUCGAACCUCUGCAAACCGAUUAUUCGCCAUAGUCUACUCCUUUGCUAUCUUGUCUUUGCUGUAUCGCCACUGCAUUGCUCUACUCCACUCCUUCACCAUAGUCUCCCUCCUCAUUCUUCUGGCUGAUGCAGUGCUGGCUUUCAUGUGGGCAACCUCACAGGCCUUUCGCAUGUGUCCUGUGGAACGUCGGGUUUUCAUUGAAAACCUUGAACAUUAUGCCAAGGAGAGUGAUUAUCCGAGGUUGGAUGUGUUUAUAUGCACUGCUGAUCCGUAUAAGGAGCCACCUAUGUGUGUGGUGAAUACUGCUCUGUCUGUGAUGGCAUACGAUUAUCCGACAGAGAAGUUGUCGGUGUAUGUAUCGGAUGACGGAGGUUCGAAGCUGACCCUCUUUGCUUUCAUGGAGGCUGCUAGGUUUGCCACCCACUGGCUGCCUUACUGCAAGAAAAACAAGAUUGUAGAGAGGUGUCCCGAUGCAUAUUUUAAAUCCAAUAACUCAUGGUUUCCAGAGACUGAUCGGAUCAAGAUGAUGUAUGAGAAUAUGAGAGUUAGGGUGGAGAAUGUUGUCCAGGAAGGGACCGUUAGCCGUGAUUAUAUGACUGAUGAAGGAGAAAGUGAAGCUUUCAGCAGAUGGACAGAUGAAUUUACACCUCAGAAUCAUCCUCCAGUAGUUCAGGUUUUGUUGGAGCACAGCAAAGACAAGGACGUCACUGGCCACACAAUGCCCAACCUUGUGUAUGUGUCCAGAGGGAAAAGCAUGAAUUUGCCCCACAAUUUCAAGGCGGGCGCUCUUAAUGUCCUGCUACGAGUAUCGGCCACCAUGACCAACGCACCGGUAAUCCUAACCCUAGAUACUGAUAUGUACUCCAAUGAUCCUCAAACACCGUUUCGUGUGCUGUGUUAUCUCUUGGACCCUGGCAUGGAUCCCAAACUGGGGUACGUUCAGUUUCCUCAGAUCUUCCAUGGAAUCAAUGAGAAUGAUAUUUAUGGAGGUCAACUCAAAUUAGAGUUCCAAAUUGAUGCCAGUGGAAUGGAUGGAUUGGUUGGCCCUUCAUAUGUAGGUACUGGAUGCUUUUUCAGGCGAGGAGUCUUCUUUGGUGGUCCAUCAGAAACCCCAGAACUGAACCAGGAUCAUCUAGUGAACGAGUCAAUCAAUUCCAAAGAAGUUUUAGCAACGGCACACCAUGUUGCAGACUGCAAUUUUGAGAAGCAAACCAAAUGGGGCACUGAAAUGGGCUUAAGGUAUGGAUCAUUGGUUGAGGACUUCUACACCGGCUAUCUGCUACAAUGUAAGGGUUGGAAGUCCAUUUUCUGCAACCCCAAAAGGCCUGCAUUUCUGGGAAAUUCACCUAUCAACCUUCACAGCAUCCUGAAUCAAAUUAUGCGAUGGUCUGUUGGCCUCCUUGAAGUGGCCUUCUGCAGAUAUAGUCCCAUCACCUUCGGAGUCAAGUCCAUAAACCCUCUCACAGGGCUAUGUUAUGCUCACUACGCCUUCUGGCCAAUAUGGUCCAUUCCAAUUACCAUCUAUGCCUUUGUCCCCCAGCUAGCUCUGCUCAAUUGCGCCUCAAUCUUCCCAAAGGCAUCGGACCCUUGGUUUUUAUUGUACAUAUUCCUUUUCCUUGGUGCCUAUGGGCAAGAGUGUCUCGAGUUUAUGUUAGAUGGAGAAUCAAUCCAAAGAUGGUGGAACAAUCAGAGGAUGUGGACAAUUAGGGGACUCUCAAGUUUCAUUUUUGGAUUGGCUGAAUACUGGCUGAAGUUCAUUGGCAUUUCCACAUUUGGAUUUAAUGUUACAAGCAAGGUAGUUGAUGAGGAACAAAGCAAGCGAUAUAAUCAAGGGAUUUUCGAUUUUGGAGUCCCAUCACCCUUGUUCUUGCCCAUAACAACAGCUGCAGUAAUCAACUUGGUCUCAUUCCUAUGGGGCAUAGUACACGUUUUGAAGCAAAGAGACCUUGAAGGUCUAUUUAUGCAGAUGCUCUUGGCCGGUUUUGCAAUAGUGAAUUGCUGGCCGCUGUAUGAAGCCAUGGUCUUGAGGACUGAUGAAGGAAAGAUGCCUGUGAAGAUCACAUUGAUCUCAAUUACUCUUGCAUGGGCUCUUUACUUGGUAGCCCCCGUCGUAUUUUAAGAUAUGGCCAUGACUAUAUAUUUUCUCAUUGUCAGAUCUUUUCUGUGCUGCAGCCUGUGCAAUAUAUCAUUGAUAGUCUUGUUUUAAGUUUCGGCGUUUGUAAUCUAAUUUGCACGUUUUUAUUGGUUAUAAUAUUUUUUUUUGCGCACCCUUAA